AAAUCUUAAAAAAAAAACUGGGGUUUUCGGCGGGAUUUCAUCGAGUCCGGUUGGCGUCUUAUAUUAAUUAUUCUUAAAUUCGUUCAAAGUGGAUAUUGUGAAAUAAAAUUGGUGUGGUUUUGUGUAACAACCGUCUACGUAACUGAAGAAUUAGUGGAAUCGUUAAAAUAUACGCUGUUCCGGUCAAGAGGACGUGAGAAUUUUAUUGUCGUAUUGACUACCUCACAGAAGCUUAUCGAAAAAGCCAACUCGAUACAUUUCGUGCCAAACACUCCAAGAAACAUUAGAAUGCGUCACACCGACAUUCUAAUGUAAAAACAAAAAGAAGAUAAAUUUAAUUAAAGACGGGGCUGUAUGGGCAUUGUUCCCUUUGUCUUCCCUAAAACGGGAGAACUUAAAAAAAAAGAAACUUUCAAAACAAAACUUUUUUUGUGUUUUUUGAAUUUGUGACUAAAAUAAUUUCUUGUUUUCUUUGGGAUUUUAUAAAAAACUAGUCAUAUUUUAUCAAAACGAGGGUUUACAUGAGUAAAACAAAUAUGGACUCGAAAAAUAUUCAAGAACAUACAUCUACUCCAAAGCGAAGGCGACUUGGUACAGGACGGAUUUUAAGGCAAUGUUUAAAACUGAAUAACAAGGAAAAUAAUAAUUCGUCUACACCAACUUUUAGUCCUAUUCAUUGCCAAAUUACUUCUACUAAAGUAAGCUCAUUGGAACGCUGUGAAUCACCACCAUUACCGUCAAAUCAAGACGAGUUUUUACAUGACUCUAGAAACAGCAGUUCUGCUUGCUAUAUUCCAAGUUCUCCUGCUAUUAUUGAAAAUUCACAGAAUAAGUCGAACCCUUGGGAAUCUUUAUCAACUUGUGAUCUAGGAGAUAUUUGUUCCAGUAGAAUUCAAACUAAUAAUGUUGAGAAUGAACUUAAGGAUAUAUCGGAUGAUAUGUUCCAUUCAAGAAUGGAAGAGCCAACCCAAGCAUGUGAACAGCAGAUAGACAAUCAUGAAAUAUAUCAGAGUCCAUUAGAAAUGGAAUGCAUGUCUCACGACAAAAGCUGUCAACCAUUAAGAAAUGAAAGAAGUUUUGUAAUUGGUCAGGCUAUAUUAGAUUUAAAAACAGAGUUCCAAGUAGUUCAUAAGCUUAUUGAUUCAAAGUUCACUAUGGGUUGUGAAAAGCUUUUAAUAGAAAAUGUUGAAGAGAGUUUUGAAUUAGUAAACCAGUCAAUAUGUGGAAUAGAGCAUGAUAAAAAAUCAGUCAAGAGUACCAUGUUUGAAACGAAAGAUUCCUUCCUAUUAGAUAUGAAGGAAAGUGGUAUUGUGGCACAAAACAAUCAAUGUUUUGAAUCAAUUGUUAAGCAGAAGUCACCUGUAAAGGCAUCAUGCAAUCAGAAUAACUUUUAUGAUUUGCCAAUGAUUACAAAAAGUUUAUUUAAAAUGUAUAGAAAUAUUGAUAAGUUUUAUGAUUGGCAAGAAGAAUGUUUGAAUUUACCUGCAAUAAAAGAGAGGCGCAAUUUAAUUUAUGCAUUACCAACAAGUGGAGGGAAAACCUUAGUGGCAGAAGUGCUAAUGUUACGAGAAGUACUAAAUAGAAACAAAAAUGCAUUAUUCAUUUUGCCAUUUGUUGCUAUCGUCCAAGAAAAGAUUUGGUCUUUAUCACCUUUUGCAUUGAGUCUAGAUUUCCUUGUUGAAGAGUAUGCAGGUGGGAAAGGACUACUACCUCCAAAAAAGAGACGAAAAAAGAAAAGCAUUUAUAUAGCCACCAUUGAAAAGGGGCUGGGAUUGGUGAGGAGUCUUAUAGAAUUAGACAGACUCGAUGAGCUUGGCCUUAUUGUGGUUGACGAAUUACAUUUAAUUGGGGAACAAGGAAGAGGCGCUGCUCUGGAAACUUUACUCACUACCAUAUUAUUUGCUGAUAAAGGCAUCCAGAUUGUAGGCAUGAGUGCCACGAUAGGUAACCUUCCGCAGCUGGCUCAGUAUUUGCGAGCGGAAGUGUUCGAGCGACAGUUCCGGCCCGUAGAGCUGACGGAGUACGUGAAGCUGGGAGACAUGCUGCACCGGAUGCUGUGGACUCCGGACGGGCUGCAGAUAGUGCCGGACCGGCAGCUGGCGUAUGACUACUCUUCGGCCGCGACGUCGUUAGACCCUGACUGGCUGGGCGGGCUGGUAUCGGAGGUAGUGCCGGGUGGCUCGUGCCUGGUGUUCUGCCCCACCAAGCGUAGCUGCGAGAACGUCGCCUCGCUACUCGCCAAACUACAGAGGAGAGAGAUGUGUUCGCACCGUACGCGGGAACGCGUGGCGUUGGAGAAAGCGUUAUUGUCAGAGGGAGCUAGUGCGGAGUUGGCACGGCUGGUUCGUUACGGGAUCGCAUUUCACCACGCUGGACUCGCCAACGAUGAACGGGCGAUGCUGGAGCAGGCGUUUAGGAGCGGCGUGAUAUCAGUACUGUGUUGUACGUCAACGCUAGCGGCGGGCGUGAAUUUACCCGCGCGACGCGUCAUAGUGCGGGCUCCUCAUGUAGGGCGCUCCCUCAUCACGCUGGCCGCUUACCGACAGAUGGCGGGUCGCGCCGGCCGCGCUGGCGUCUGCGAGGCCGGGGAGAGCAUUAUAAUGUGCGGGGCGGGGGAGUGGGCGCGGCUGAGGACGGUGCUGGAGGGCGGGGUGGGGGCAGCCUCCAGUCAGCUGGGCGGCGCCCUGCCCGCCCUCAUGCUGAGCGCCGCCGCCCUGCGUCUGGCCGCCGACCCGCUCAAACUGCGACGACUGCUGGCCUCUACGCUGCUGGCUACCAGCCCAGGUGUGAAUCUAGAGGAACUAUAUGAAGAGUCGAUGAAGUCUUUGAUUCAAUCCGGCGCAAUAGAGGUGGUGAGGAACAAUCACCAAAACUCAAAUAAAGAAAAUGAUGUCAGUGAUUGUUCAGAAUUCAUUGUUAGCAAACUGGGAGUUGCAGCCAUGAAAGGUGGUAUGGAUUUGAGUACAGCAAAGCGGUUUCUGUCAGAAGUGGAGGUGGCCUCACGCAGCCUCGUGCUGAUGGGCGGGCUGCAUCUGCUGUACCUGGUCACCGCUGACCCCGGGGUCAAACCCGACUAUAGGCAUUAUUAUUCUCUGUACAACAGCUUGGAUGAAGAAGGGAUGCGAACCGCCAAGGUGCUGGGCAUCACGGAGGUGAAUGCCAUCAGGAUGAUGACUGGAAAGCCCAUCACGAAUAUUCCGGAGUCGGUGUUGUGCAGAUUCUACUUCGCGCUGAUGUUGCGCGACCUCUGCAGAGAGAUGCCCUUUUCAGCAGUCGCCGAUAAAUACUGCCUGGCACGAGGCACUGUGCAGUCAGUGUUAUCCAGUGCGUCGGCAUUCGCUUCCUGUGGGCAGCGGUUCUGCCAGGAGCUGAAGCUGGGCUGGUUCCCCGCGUUGCUGCAGGAGCUGGCGCCGCGCCUGCAGCACUGCGCCGCGCCUGCGCUUCAUGAUCUGAUGCAGCUGCCGUCCGUCAAGAAGGCUCGAGCGAUGCAACUGAUGCGCGUUGGAUACAAGCGGAUCGAGGACCUGGCGAAGGCAUCUGCGGACGAUCUGAUCGGAUCCGUGGACCAUCUCACCCGGACCACGGCCACCCAUCUCAUCAGCGCAGCUAGGUUGAUAUUAAUAGAAAAGGUAGAGAACCUUCGUGCCGAAGCAGAAGAUGUGAUGGAAGAUUUGAAAGUUUAGAUUUAUUGAUGCAGUUUUGUAUAAUUGGGAAUAGUACGUAAUUACUACUUCAUCCAGUGUAUUGACACUAACUUAUUAUCUAAUUACUAAUUACAGGGUGUUACAAAAAUACAAAUAAAGCUUGAAGGGCGUUGAAGUACAUCAUAUAAGGAAUCUUCUCUAAUGUUCUUAAAAUAUUUGCAUGAAGUUUUAACUUAUUAUAAAAUCAGUUAUUUUUAAUGAUUAAUAAAAAUAUCGAUCAUUUUAAGACUCGUCACUAGUUC